AUGUUGAGGUGUGGCGGGACGAUACUUCGAGACGCGGCGGGGUCUCUCCAGUCACGCCAGACUCCACCUCCGUCAGCUCGGCGUGGCUGUCUCGGCAACAGCGGAGCUCCCAUCGACUUACUCUACCAGCUGAUUCAGGACAGGGACGGUUCCAUGCAGCAACCAAACCCGUCUACUCUUCACCCAAAAAACCGCAAGGUGUUCAGGGACACUCAUCUCCAGAAGGAGUCGCUCUCUUGGGCAGGCAAGACACCAUCGCCUCAGGGGGAGCGAGCCUGGCCUCGGCCAAGCCUGCCUGGGCACCGCAGGAGACGGAUCCCCCUCACCCUGGCGAUGGACACCAAUGACGAGGUCAUAGUGUGCCAAUUGUGCGGCGCCUGGUAUGAGUCCCGCAAAGGCCUGGCCAGUCACUGCCGGGCCACUUGCGCCAGAGUGGAGGGCAGAGGGUGUGAAGCCUCCCCAUCGAGUUGCUCAGCGCCUGGAUACAGAGGCAGCCCGCAAGGCUGCCGAGAUCCACCGCCAGUACCGCAACGGGACCUCAACAUCAGGUUUAAGAGGAACGCCCCGUCCCACUCUCCCUCCACAGACUCAGGCUCCUUCCCCUCGGGAGCCCAGAGGGCUGCGGGGCUGGGGCGCAGGGCGGGCCGAGAGGUGGCCAGGGUCGCCGGGGGUUCGUCCAGGACAGCUCAAGGUCAAAGGUCACAGGGGGAGACGGGACACUCGUCAUAUCACCAUCACACCGUCACUCAUACGCAGUCCCAGGGGGCUAGAGGAGACUUCAACCACAUACGCUCUCCUAGAGGUUUUGAGCGGCGGGUCCCUAAAGACACCGCCCAUACGGAGGGAGCAGAGGGAGACGGCGGCUCUCAACAACCCCCCCGGUCAGGAAACAUCCCUUCCCUGGUUCCCAGGCCUCCCUCCACUCCUCUGGUCAAACAAGUGGGCAAAGAGUACACCCUCAAGUGCAGGUUCUGUGAGGCAGUGUUCCAUGGWUCUCAGUCAGUACAGGAGGACUGGAUCAGACACCUGCAGAAACACAUCCUGGACCUCCGCUUCAACAAGGCCUGUCCUCCCCCUGACCCAGAACGGCCCCUGGUCCCGGCAUCGAACCCUCAGCCACCACCACCACCGCGUCCUUCUGGCACCACUGGUGGUUUAAAGGUCCCUAGCUAACUCACUGCAUUGUCCUUAUUACCACUUAGUUGGAUCGUCUUAUCUGUUGUUCAUGUGUUUGUUUUCCUCAAAGACUGUUGAACUCAGUCUACACUGUGGUAAAAACACCUACUAAUAAGGUGUGUGUGGGGGAUGAUGCCUUCGUUUUAUUAUUCAGCAUUAAAGAAAUGACUUGGUUUGAAUGAUAACUGCACAAAGUGGAUAUACUGUAGCACUAGUCUUGUCCACCAGCUAGCUGUCUCUCUCUCUAGCUGUUAGCCUUGGUUAGUGUAGCACAGACAUACUGUACCAGCCUCAUAUCAACUCUAGAGGGCCUACUUGGGCCAUUUGAAGAAAGUCUACGUUCACAACUACUCUUGCUGGGGUAACUUAGACAUGGGGUCAAACAACUAACAUUCAUCCAUCAUGACACAUUCCUACCACUUAGUAGUCUAGCAAUGGUUACAUUCCAUUUCUUUAUUGGGAUGUUUAUUGCACAUUGUUUUCAUAGAAACCUAAAUUCAAGUAGUCUGACAUUGGAUGGAAUGGGUUUCCAUAGACUGCAGUCAGUGAUGUCACUGAAGAAGUAAGGCCAAAGCCUGUUCGAGCAUUAAAUACAUUCCCCUUGUUUCAGCUGUUUCAAAGCAGUGUGGCAUUAUAGGUUGAAUUGCAAAAUAGCAGGGAAGCAGCAUGUUCACUUUGAAUUAUGGUCUGAAAUGUCCCUAUUGUACAGGAAUUUGUAUUAGCUUUUUUAUGAAUGAUGUUUUAAAUGUAGAACUGUUUUCUGAAGUAAAAUAUAAGACAAGGUUUUA